AACUACCAUAAUCGACCAUAAUUGUAAUGGUGAAUAAUUGUUAGCUACAUGUCAUUGUUACCCAAAACACUUUCAGGGAGUUCAGGGGGACUGAACCUCCUUUGCAGGGAAAAUUACAUAAUCGUCUUCCUUAAUGAUGGACUACGAAUUCAAACUGAAAACAGCGUCAGAACGUGCCAAAGUAGAAGAUUUGUUUGAUUACGAGGGUUGUAAAGUUGGCCGCGGGACUUACGGUCAUGUUUACAAAGCUCGGAGAAAAGAUGGGUCUGAUCCAAGAGACUAUGCCUUAAAACAAAUAGAAGGGACAGGCUUAUCCAUGUCUGCUUGUAGAGAAAUUGCUUUGCUACGUGAAUUAAAACAUUCAAAUGUGAUAAACCUCAUAAGAGUCUUCCUUUCUCAUAAUGACAGGAAAGUCUUUUUGCUGUUUGAUUACGCUGAACAUGAUCUAUGGCAUAUAAUCAAGUUCCACAGAGCAGCUAAAGCAAACAAGAAACCGGUAAUGGUUCCUAAAGGAAUGGUGAAAUCCCUUCUGUAUCAGAUCUUAGAUGGAAUUCACUAUCUGCAUUCCAAUUGGGUGCUACACAGAGACCUGAAACCUGCAAAUAUUCUUGUGAUGGGUGAAGGACCAGAAAGAGGCAGGGUAAAGAUUGCAGACAUGGGUUUUGCUAGACUCUUUAAUGCACCAUUGAAGCCACUGGCAGACCUGGAUCCAGUAGUUGUAACAUUCUGGUACAGGGCUCCUGAACUACUGUUGGGUGCUAGGCACUAUACUAAAGCUAUUGACAUUUGGGCCAUAGGAUGCAUAUUUGCUGAGCUUUUAACUUCAGAACCUAUAUUUCAUUGUCGACAAGAGGAUAUUAAAACUAGUAAUCCAUAUCAUCAUGACCAACUAGAUAGGAUAUUCAAUGUGAUGGGUUUUCCCUUAGAAAAAGACUGGGAAGAUAUCAAGAAAAUGCCAGAACAUCCAACACUGCUCAAAGACUUCAAAAGGGCUAAUUACUCCAAUUGUUCAUUAGUAAAGUACAUGGAUAGGCAUAAAAUCAAACCAGAUAGCAAAGCAUUCCAUUUGCUUCAGAAAUUACUUCUGAUGGAUCCCACAAAAAGAAUCACAUCUGAACAAGCCAUGCAAGAUGCCUACUUCCAAGAAGAACCACUCCCAACUCAGGAUGUUUUUGCUGGAUGUCAGAUCCCUUACCCAAAGAGAGAAUUUCUUACUGAUGAUGACAACGAAGACAAGUCAGAGAAUAAAGCUCGACAGAAUCAGCCUCAAAACGGUAAUCAAGGAGGCCAAGGGGACCAAGGCAAUCACAACCACAAUCACGGCCCUAAUGCCAAGCGUGUACGUCUGGCUCCGCCUCAUCCUGUCAGCACGUCGUCUGGUAUAUCACAACAACAACAGCAGCAACAAACAGAAUUCCAUCAUGUACAACAGCAGCAACAGCAACAUGUGUCUCAGCCAGGCAUGAUCUACAACUCAACAUCUAACACCCAACCAACACCUAAUUUUGCACAGCGGUUCUAACAUUGUUAUCUCGUGACUCAGGACUCCAUGGACGAGGGAUUGGCCUUGUACGCAGGAUAGCAUAACACAGAGAGACGCGGACGAACAUCCAUGGCUUGAGUGGGAUUCGAACCCACGGUCCCAGCGACCAAGCGGCACAAGGCUCAUGUCUCAGACUGCGCGGCCACUGUGGACCCCGCAUGUUAAAAAUUUUGUCAUUGGCAUGAUAGUGCUUAUCAAUAUUUCUUUAUACCAUUAGACUUAUAUUCUGAAGAGACAUUGGAUGGAAUCUUUGAUUUAUUCACUGCCAUUUCGGUGUGGACUGCAUUUUGGUUUGGUUUAGACAAACACUUCUAUCAAAUAUGUUAGAAAACCAGUUGUGGAGGAUUUACAGCAAUAGAAUGUUUUUGACAAAACAUAAAAUAUUUCUGUGACUCAUCCUAUUUUAAGCAUAGACUAUUGCUUUUAUAGCAGCAGCCCAGGUACAGUACAGACCAAAAGUUAAAUGCACAGUGAGCAUGAUGCAAAUGUAUUAUGAUGAUCAAAGGGAAAGCAGCUUAAAACAAAACAGCUAAAACUGUUAUGUUUACUGUGAUUCACUUCACUAAUUUUUGUAGAAGAAACAUAAAUGCAUCACAGGUGGGGUAUGAAAAUGGAGAAUUAUAUUUUUUUAUUGGUGUCUUCAUUGGAAGUGAAAGCCCAUAAGACGGCACUGUGUAUUCUCAAUGCUCGAUGAACCACAGACUAAGCUAUGAUGUCAUUGUCAGUGAAUAUGUUAAAGGAAGGAGCUGGAGUCAUUAAAUGCUUGGGAACUUUUGACACGAAGAGCUGAAAAAAAAUUCUCCUUGUUCUCAAAAAUUAAGUUUCACCCUUACAAGUUGUAACUACUGUAUUAGGCUAAUUUCAGUGACAUAUAAUUUCUUAUUACCUACUGAAACAGUCAAAUGUACCUAGGUGUUCA